AUGGCCCCGAACGGCGCUACCCCUCGGUCGUUUGCGUGCAAGUGUCUCAACGUCCGCAUACACGCGCAAGCUACCAAAGACGCCUCGCCCGCCGUCGAAGCCGGCUUCUCCGCUGUCCAUGUCGCUGACGACGGCAUCCUUGUGGCCCAUACCGAGGUCACCCUCAGAACCCGCUGCAAACCCAUCCCCGACUCUGGCUCGCCCACCGCCGAGCUCACGCGCCACACCACCAUUACAUGCCUCGUGUGCGGCAUGCUCGUCUACCGUGUCGCGCAGCGCAUUACCCCGGACCUCGCCUCCGAAGAGGGGCCGCUGCUCCCCACUGAGGACUGGGUAGAGAAGGAGUUGUGCAAGAGUUCUUCCGGCUGGAUUGAGGUCUACAGGGGCUGUCUGACAGGGGACGAGAUCACCCAGGCCGAGUCUUCCCCCUUGUUCUCGACGCUCUACAACAUCGUCCUUCCGGGCGGCACGCCGCCGUCCGUGUCAUCCUCGGACGCAGAGCCCUCAGACCACGUCAAUGUUCGUGGCCCCUCUCAAGACGGCAGGAAACACCUCCCAGAACUCCCGCCGCUAUUCUUGCCCCCACCAUUCACCCCCUCACAUGUCGUUUUUUCGCACUUUGCUGCUGUAGCGAGCGAGCGGUCCCAGCAGCUGAGGGACGAAGCCGAAGAAAGCCUGGCUCGGCUCACCGAACAGAAAGUCGCGGAAGUGCACAAGGCCGAGGCUGCUCUUAAACAGGAAGUGCAGCUGGUCUGGACGCGAUUCAUGGACGGCUUGCGCAUCUUCGAGCAGUCCCCCGCGCCGCGGCGGCGGACGAGCGUCUCCGGCAAUGGCGGAAGUGUGAGCCAGACGGUGGCACAAACCUCCGCUUCCGUCCGGAUCUCGAGCUUUGUUCCAACCCGUUCGCCGUCCACGCGGACCUCGCCACAGCGCAUGGACGUGCCCCCAUCUGCAUUGUCUACGUCGCUGAAGACCUCGGCCUUCCACCAUCCAGACGCACAGCGGCAUGCGAACGGCACAAACGGCACCUCUACUGCACGCGGGUCCUCCAAUGGGUCCGGCUCGCCCUCGCCACCGAAGUCUAGCCCCGCGCGCGUGCAGUCGACCCGGUCGUCCUUGACACCUGCCUCCGCAAUCAACAUCGACGCGGAGACAAGCAUUCGAGAAGCGUAUCGUCGCGAAAUGAGUGAGACGAAGGACACCGCGACCAGCUUCCGCUACGUUCUGGACAUCGAAGCCGAGAUGGAGCAGCACAGGCGUGCGGCGGAGGCGGCGGAAGCGGAGAUCCCGUCUCCCCCCGUGGCGUCCAGUUCACAUGCCCCACCCGAGGACCACCAUGCCGCGGCGGGUACCGGGAAGUCGCCCCGCAUUCACAAGAGCGCCAUCAAACACGCGGCCGGAGAGACGUCCAAGUCACCCAAAUCUAAGCCCGCUGAGGGCGAGACUCUGGACGUGCAGAAGGAGUUAACCGAGAAAGGCAAGCGCAAGGUCACGUUCGAUGUGCAGCCUGCGGUCGCGGUCAUCGAUGAGGGCGAUGCGGGCUCCGAGCAACUUACUCCCCCCACGGACAACGAUGAUCUAGUGUUCGAUAUGGACAAUGAGUCUGAGACCUCCACGGUCGCACCUGCCGAGGAGGCUGAGGUUGUUGUGGACCAAACGAAGCCACCUCCCCCAGAACACGUGCGGUUGCCUCCCGUUCGGCCCUCGCAUAGUCGAUCAUCAAGCAACUCGGGCUUGCCACCCCAGCUACAGUCAUUACGCCCUGCGUCGCUACCGGCACCCUCAUCUAUGCGCCCUCCGUCCCGCAACCCAACGCCGCCAUCCACGGAAACUGCAGAGCGUAGCAAGGCUCUGCGCGAGUCCCUUGUCUCUCCGGAUCCUUCAAGAACCCGCCCGGACAUCGUGCAGAGUCCCAUCGAGGUUCCCGAGGAAAACGACUCGGAGGACGAUCCUCGCCAGUCCGAGCUCCUGCGCCUCGUCAACGCGAGUACACCCAGCCAUCGGAAUGCCUGGAAGAAGAACAGCAAAGCCUGGCAGGUGUUCUAUAACCGCCGCGACCGGCGCGCGGGCGAGGUCGGACCCGAGCCGAUCCAUGAAGAGAGCAGCUACACGUCGGACGAUCUGAAUGCGAAGCCCCGUUCGUACAAUAUCCCUGACAGCGAUGUCACCGAUGAGGAUGAUGAUGCGUACCUCGCUAGCAGAGGCCAGCACGGUAUCGCCCAGUCGCUGCCCAUUCCCAUUGGUCCGCUUGGCCGCGAUGGCUUCGAAGUGCAGCCUAAGACGUCGCUUGCUGAUCAGUCUGGCUUGGUCGUUCCGGCUCUCCGCAACAACACAUCCACGUCUCUCAGGCGACAGUCGUAUGCGGAGCGUGAACGGAAGAGGUCGAUUGACCCUGGCGCGCUCGACUUCAUCGACAGCGGCGACGAUGAUGAUGACGAUGACGUGGAGAUCGUGGCCGAUGAGAUCGGAAGCAAGGCUCGUCAACGGGCAUUGAAGAUUAUCGAGAAGCGGAACGAGAUGCCUGAGGCUGGCAUGUGGCGAAGUCUCGCGGCGUAA